UAUGAACUCUUUCAGAAACAAGUGAAAUUUUCAGGGUGAGAGUACUACGCAGAUUGCGAGUGUUAGUCGGUCAAAGCAUAGUACAGUAAGUUUGAAUACAUUCGUUUAUAUACAGAUGGAGAUGGAUAUGGAACUGCCUUCUAGCCGAGACACAAGUACUAAGGAUAUUGGCAAUAGUUUGGGUGAAACUGAUGUUGAGAAUACUGGGGAUGGAGUGGAUUUUAAUGUGGUUAACAAUAAGAAGCCUCGAAAUGGCAUGGAAUUUGAAACGAAGGAGGCAGCAUAUUCGUUUUAUAGAGACUACGCACAAUCUGUUGGAUUUGGUAUCACUAUCAAAUCCAGCCGAAGGUCAAAAAAGUCGGGCAAGUUUAUUGAUAUAAAAAUUGCUUGUUCUAGAUUUGGGAGCAAGCAGCUGGGUAGCAUGACUGUUAAUCCACGGUCGUGUCCCAAGACAGACUGCAAAGCAAACAUGCACAUAAAAAGAAGGGCAGAUGGGAAGUGGCAUGUAUAUAGUUUCGCGGAAGGGCAUAAUCACGAUAUUUGUCCUGAUGAUGUUUAUUAUGCUAUCAGGGGAAGGAACAAGCAGAACUAUAAUUCUGUCUGUCGAAGAGAAGGAAUGCGAUUGGUAUUGGAUGAGGAUGAUUUGCAAUUAUUGCUUGAUUAUUUAAUGCUUAAACAAGCGAAGACUCCAAACUUUUACUAUGCGAUAGAUUUUGAUAAAGAGACACGAAUGAAAAAUGUAUUUUGGGUUGAUCCACAAGGUAUACAUGAUUAUGUAUAUUUUAAUGAUGUAGUUUUCUUUGACACUUACUACAUCAAGAACAAAUAUAAGAUCCCCUUUGUACCUAUUUUGGGGGUGAAUCAUCACUUUCAGUACUUAUUGCUUGGAUGUGCCUUAAUUGGGGAUGAAACACCAUCGACUUUUGUUUGGUUGAUGCGCACUUGGGUUAGAGCAAUGUCUGGGCGAAGUCCUAAAGUAGUUAUUACUGAUUAUGAAAAGUCAAUGCGAGAAGCUACAGAAGAAGUUUUUCCUGAUGCAUCCCAUCGUUUUUGUCUUUGGCAUGUAUAUGCUGAAAUUCAUCCAAAUAUAGGUAAUAAAGUCAGUUGUUUUGAAAAUUUCACAAGAAAAUUUGACAAAUGCAUAUAUAAAUCCUUGUCAGAUGAAGCAUUUGAAAAGAGAUGGCAGAAAAUGGUUGAUAAAUUUGAACUUGGGGAUGAUGAAUGGAUUCGUUCCUUGUAUGAAGACCGUGGAAAGUGGGUUCCAACAUACAUGAGGGAUAUUUUUCUUGGAGGAUUAUGUACAAUAGAACGAUCUCAAAGUGUCUCCUCUUUCUUUGACAAAUACAUUCAUAAGGAAACUACUUUCAAGGAUUUCAUUGUUAAGUUCAAAGAAUUUUUGCAUGAAAGGUAUGAAGAGGAAGCUAAAGCUGAGUUUGAAAAUCGGAAUAUAGAACCUACAUUAAAAUCUCACUCACCUUUGGAGAGGCAAAUGUCUGCAGUGUAUACACAUGCAAUUUUUCAGAAAUUUCAAGCUGAAGUUUUGGGAAUUGAUUCUUGUAAUACUGAAAGGGAAAGUGAAGAUGCAGGCUCUGUAACAUUUCAGGUGGAUGAUUUACAAAAGCAGCACAAUUUUAUUGCACUCUGGAAUAAAGGAGAAGAUGUUAUCUGUUGUUCAUGUCGUUCUUUUGAAUAUAUUGGUUUUCUUUGUAGACAUGCCAUGUCUGUUCUCCAAAUAUCUGGUGUCUCCUUUAUCAAAUCUGACUAUAUAUUAAAGCGAUGGACAAGAAAUGCAAAAAUCGGGGAGAGCAACUGGAGAGCAUCAAAUAGGCAUAAUUCUAGGAUCCACCGUCUCAAUGAUCUUUGCAAACUUGCUACUAAAUUGGGUGAAGAAGGCUCUUUAUCUCGGGAAGCUUAUGAUGUGGCAUGUUAUGCAGUAGAUGCAGCUUUGAAACAUUGUGUGGGUGUAAACAGUUCUAUUAGAAGUGUUUUAGAUACUAACAAAUUGACCACUCUAGGUUUUCAAGAUAACGGAGAGAAACAGGACAUCAACAUAAUGAGCAAUGCAUCAAAGAAAAAGAAAGCUUCAAGAAAGGGGAAGGGACGAGGCGAGGUUGAAGCAUUAUCAGUUCGGAUUCUGGAUAACAGCCAGCACAUGGAGCAGGUGAGUCCUAAAGCACUCAGCCUAGACAACACUUAUGUUCCGCAGCAGGAUAUGCAAGGGAUGGUAUUAGGUUCGAGACGGCCAACUAUAUCUAGCUAUUGUGGUGUCCACCAGAGUGUUCAAGCAUUGGGGCAAUUAAAUUCUCUCUCUUCGUUGCGGGAUUCAUUUUAUGACAACCAACCGAGUAUGCAGGGACUGCUGGACAAUUUGGACUUAGCAUCGACACGUGUUGGAAAUCAUACUUCUCAACAUAGUCUUCACACACAGGGUCAGCUUGGUUUCAGAGCACCAUUCUUCCAAGGUUGUUUCGACUUCCAGGUUAGCCUGCAUGAUGUGGAAAAUCCCGUGAAUUUGACUUCAAAACAUUUUCAAGAUAAACAUCUUUCUCAAUAGUGAUGAUCAUUUGCUGAUCUCCUCAAUAUAACUUGAACUUAAUCAUUGUACAAUUGAGAAACUACCCUAUAGAUUGUUAAUGUAAUAAGUAGGUUAGGUUAAGGGUAGUUUAGACUUUUAUCUUUCCUUAGUUUUGUACUAUAUAAACCAUUGUAAUCUCAUUUGUUAGCCCUAAGUUUGGAGGCUGCCCCUUUCUCCAUUGUUCACUGCCGUUUGCUUCUUCUCUUUUGUUUGUUUGUUUGUUUAUCACUUUGAUUUGUUGUUUUCUACAUGGUAUCAGAGCGGAUUGGAUUUUGGGAUAAAUUUGGAAGGUUCCUUUCUCGGCCUCGUGCCGCUUGUCCGGUGGUUAAAACUUUUUGAUAUGUUUUGGAAAAUAUGGGGCAGCAGCUACUGUGGUUUGAAAUUUUUGGUCGGGUGUUUGUAUGUUUCUGGGCGAGGCUUUGGUCUUCUGGGAGUAAUGGAAAUCUGAUGGUUGUGGAAGGAUGGUGCCGAGAGGAUUGGGAUAAGUAAAGCGAGGUUUGUAAAGCCGCUUGUGGUGGCCGACCAUGGUGAACCCGACGUUUGAUGGCAGUUUUUCGGAGUCGGCUUGGGCUGUAUCAAGAAAGUAUUACUGAUAGGUUGUUGUGAUGAACGCUGGUCGGUUGGUGGUUUGGCAAGAUGGUAAUGGCGAAGGUGCGGUGAACUGGUUUGAGAUGGGGUUCGAUGGGGAAGUUUCAAUCGGCUGCUUUUGGUCAAUUUGGUGGUAGAGGUUCUGUGGCGACAUUUCCUUGGCAAUUAUGGAAUGAUGGGAGGCACUUCUGUUGGGUACGUAGUAAACGUGGUGAGAGAGGAUGGUGAAGAGGCUGUGAGGGUUUGGAAAGUAGAGAUGGUGUGAUUUGGGCCUUUGUGCUCUGGACUCUUUUGUGACUAUGGGCUGUAGAUUGGUUUUGGGUCCUUGAGUAUGCGGAUAUUGGCCAGCUUAAUGAUAUUGUUUCUUUCCAUUGAUUAGUUCUUGGGCAUACAUGAAACUGUAUAUGUCAUGGGCCAAUUGGAUUUUGGAAUUUGGGUGGCUGGAAAAUAUAGAUUGGACUAGUUGAUUUAAUUGGGCAAAAUUAUUUGGUUGGGCUUUAGUGUGUGUUUGGGUUUUAAUUUGGAUUUGGAUUAAUUGAAUUCCUUGUUGGGUUUGGAUAUUUUGUUUAUUGGGCUUCUUGUCUUUUGGCCAUGUGUAUAGGGGGUAUUAAAGAAAAGGGUCUUUUUGGUGGGGAAAGUGAUACGUUGCGUGCUUGAUGAGUUGCUGAAGAUAGGCAGGAAAGAUGGGGGAUGUGUUGUUGGUUUUGGCGUAUGCCCAGUUUUUGGGAUUGAAAAUUUGGUUUGAUGCUCAGUUUAGGAUGCAAAUUUCAUUUGAUGCCCGUUUAACGGGAUUUGAAAAUUUCGUUUGUUUGCCCAGUUUAUGGGAUUAGAAAUUUCGUUUGGUAUUUGUCCAGUCUAUCUGGAGUUUGGAAUUUGGCAUAGUCAGUUCUUGAAAUUGGUAUGUCAAGUUCAUUUGGAAUUUGAAAUUUGCAUCCGUUCGGUUUAGCUGAGAUUGUGUGGUUUCGUUGAUUAUCUGCAGUUUUGCAUUAUUACCCUAUCUUUCGUUGUUAUCAUUGCAGUUUGUUAACAUCUUCAUGAAAUCCAAUUCGGUUUAUGGUUUUCGGCUUUUCGCUUUUUGUUUGUCAAAUUCCCGUUGCUUCUUGCUGUAGCAUCGUGAGUUCGAGGGAGGAUGUUAAUGUAAUAAGUAGAUUAGGUUAAGGGUAGUUUAGACUUUUCUCUUUCCUUAGUUUUGUACUAUAUAAACCAAUGUAAUCUCAUUUGUUAGCCCUAAGUUUGGAGGCCGCCCUUUUCUCCAUUCUUCACUGUCGUUUGCUUCUUCUCUUUUGUUUGUUUGUUUGUUUAUCACUUUGGUUUGUUGUGCAAAACUAAGGAAAGAUAAAAGUCUAAACUACCCUUAACCUAACCUACUUAUUACAUUAACAUCCCCCUUCGAACUCACGAUGCUAUAGCAAGAAGCAACGGGAGUUUGACAAACAAAAAGUGAAAAGCCGAAAACCAUAAAUCGAAUUGGACUUUAUGAAGAUGUCAAUAAACUGUAAUGAUAACAACGAAAGAUAGGGUAAUAAUGCAGAACUGCAGAUAACCAACGAAACCACACAAUCUCAACUAAACCAAAUGGAUGCAAAUUUCAAAUUAAAACCCACACACACACUAAAGCCCAACCAAAUAACUUUUGCCCAAUUAAAUCAACUGGCCCAAUCUAUAUUUUCCAGCCACCCAAAUUCCAAAAUCCAAUUGGUCCAUGACGUAUACAGUUUCAUGUAUGCCCAGGAACUAACCAAUGGAAAGAAACAAUAUCAUUAAGCUGGCCAAUAUCCACAUACUCAAGGACCCAAAACCAAUCUACAGCCCAUAGUCACAAAACGUGAUAAUGUGGUUCGUCUAACUGUUGACUCCUUGACCAUCUACUUCUGAAAAAUGAAAUAUAUUUUUUAGUUUAAUAUGUAAUAGUUACUCUGCAAAUCUUCAUUUUUCAGAUUACAGGAGAUCCCAUGUUAUUGUUAAUGUAUAUCAUUUUUCAGUCUAA